AUGGAAGAUAAAGACUUUUUCAAGUUGUUGGUUAAAAGGGUGACAGAAAUUGUUGUAAAAGAGCUGUGCUAUGUGUGUCGACACCAAGAACACUUAGCUUAUUCCUGCCCAGAACAAGCGAAACGUGAAUGUCAGAAGCAUGACAUAGACGUACGAUUUAUGAAAAUCAGUGACAAUAAAAGAGAUGGAUCGAAAGAUGAUCUUAAAAUGAAAGUGGGGAUUGAUAACAAUAAUAACGAUAUGAAUGAUGAUGUGAAAACUGAUAUUAAUGCUAAAGCAGCACUGAAUAGGACAAUGAUAUCUACGAUUGUAAAUAACAAAAUGACAAUAAGAAAAGAAAUGGUCUAUGCAAAGUUGAUCGGAUAUCAGAAUCGAUCAAAACCACAAAAAUCUUGUGAUAACUGGGAUUCAACAUGA